AUGAAGAUAUCUAAGCACAGCCAAGCACUUUUCGAAACUACCAAGCGACUCCUUGCCGAAAUUGUCAAUGAAGGUCUGGUGGAUGCUACCAUCGGGGGGUCGAAAAACGACCAAUAUCUGUAUCUGCACAGUCAUCUUCCCGCUGCGAAGAAUGCUAGCAAAAGGUUUAAAGUCGGUCUUCGGCCGGGCACUGUGUUAGAGACCAGAGAUGGAAAGGUUGCAGCUGUUGUGCGACCAGAUAGCUUGCAGCCGCCUGUGGUGAUUGGUAAUGGCGAUGGACAAGAGGAAGAGCUCAAUCCAGAAAUAUUAUUCCGGUUUCUAAGUCCGUGGCUAAUCAAAGAUGCCGAUGAGGAUACCUUGAACGAGAUCGCCCUCGAAUUGGGUAACUCAGCACGGAAUCAGGAAACAUGGCUCGACAUCGGCGAAUCCCAGAAAAUUCUCAGCUUGGACGACAACUCCGCCGCCUGGGAACGAGCCCUGAUAUACGGCCAUCCAAGCCACCCAUAUCACCGCCUGUGCUAUGCCCAACCGCCUCUCCAGCAAACCCAACCCUCUGACAUCCCUGAAAUGCUUACCCCAACUCUCGCCUUUCUUUCUGUCCCACGGACAGAGCUUCGCGUAACGGGUGACUUCGAAGCAACCAUCCAGCCCCUACUUAAGACUCUGGAGAUCCCAAGUCCAACCCCCGACAGGAUCAUAGUCCCCUGUCUCUCACGCCAACUCCCCUCCGUGCACCAACGCUUUCCGAACGCCAUUGUGCUAAAAUCCAUCGACAACAUUGCAGACGCACAGGCGUCAAUGCGAACACUAACUCUCCGUCCAGAAUGUGACUUCGGCUACCACAUAAAACUCUCCUUAGCCUGCCAUAUCACCUCCGCCCUGCGCACAAUAACCCCCUGGACAACAUGCGGCGGUCCAGUACAAACAACCCUGCUUGAGAAAUUCCUCCCAACAGACCUCUGGGUCUUCCGCGAAGUCGCUGCAGUCUCAGGCGCACAGGACAACUUCGCCGACGCGAAACAUCUCUCCUGCAUCUUACGCGAUGACCUUGAGGCCCGCGCAGACGCCAACAAUGAGCGUCUUGUGAUCGCAGCAGCACUCGCCCAACAACCAUACAACAACACCCGCAGCUACGCAGAGAUUUUAUACAACCUUCACACAACAACUGACAAACAAUCCUGGCUACGCACAUAUGUAACCCGGCUCUUCACCCUGGUCCUCCCGCCUCUAGCACAGUAUGGUAUUGGUCUUGAAGCGCAUGGGCAGAACCUCGUUGCUCGCAUUUGCCAGAAAACCGGUGAGGUGAAAGGUUUUGCAGUGCGAGAUUUCGGUGGUGUGCGGAUGCAUGUCCCCACAUUGAAAAAGUUCGGUGUCAACUUUGAUAGUUUGCCUCCUGGGGGUGCAACGUUGACGGAUGAUUUACAUAAUGUGUGGAGUAAAGUGCAUCAUGCGCUUGUGCAGAAUCAUGUGGGGUUGAUUGUUAGUGCGCUGGGUUUGGAGAGGGACGGGGGGUGGGGGAUUGUGAGGGAGGUGCUUGGGGGUGUUUUGGAGCAGCAGGAAGAGGGGAUGGGGAGGGAGGUGGCGGAGUAUUUUAUGCAGGAUACGAUGCCAUUUAAGUGCUUUUUGAGGAUGAGGAUGGAGGGGAAGUAUCGUGAUUAUGUCGAGAGAGAGGUGCCGAAUGUGCUUCUUAUGGGCUCGCCAAGGUGGGAAGAGGUGCUGCAGACUUAUGAACCGACGUUGCAUUAUACAUAG